CCAUGACUUCCCUUUUUGAGCAUCCUUAAAUACCCAGCAAUGCACAUCACUCGUCCCAGACUGACCACCACCAUCACAAGUCCUCCACCACCACCAUGAUGCUCAGUGCCCGUCUGUUGCUGGCAGCCACCGCUCUCUGCUGCUUUGCCACCACGUUUGCUAUUUCCAUGGAUGGCUUUGCUACUGGCCAUAAAUGCCGCUGCCUGACCACCACCUCUGAGGUCAUCCCUACCCGGCUCUUCCGGAGGAUCGAGAUCCUGGCUCCUGGUCCACACUGCGGCAAUAUUGAAAUCCUGGUCACCUUGAAGAGCAACAACGUAGUGUGUGUGUCCCCUGAUGAGAAGUGGAUCAUAGAGCUCAUCGCUAGAAUCUCACGUAAUAGACAGCAAAAGAAGCCUGAAGUCUUCAGCGCCGACCAGCAUGUCUUAAAAUGAACAAUGCACCUGUCCAUCUUCAGAAAAAAAAUCACUGCCUAGAUUUGGGCCUUUUUAAAUGUUUUCUGUCCAAUCAUUGCUAUAAGCUAAUGUUGCCUUCAUGAUCAGUUCAGACUUUAAGUGAAAAACGAAAUACAAUAAAAGCUUUCUGAAAUAAAA